GUUCACGAUGUUGGUCUCCGAGAGCCGGGUCCCGACAGCUCCCGCAAGAAGACGAACGCUCGCGUAAUCGCCAAACGACGGGCCAAAGCCGAACAAGAAAGAGCACAGCGGGACACAACGGCAGAGGGGCGAGAAGAGGAAGCACUGCCAGACAGACUCUGGAGCUGCUGCGUUCGCAUUGAGGCUUUCGGGGCGGAGUGCUGCUGAGCGCAGUUGGAGGGAAUUACGAGCUCGGGAUUUCAAAUCACCAAAUUUGCACGUCCUUCACGUACGAGGAAGGAGCAUUCGCCGCCACGACCGCAUCGACUGUCGAGAGGUAGAAAUUUCGCGUCGGAUUGGAAAGCAGAAAUCAGGAAUUGGGAUCGGGCGCGUUUGGGAUUUUGGUUUGGAACCUCCACGUCGAGGAAGAGCGGAGUCAGCGUUUCGAGAAGAUGGUGUCCCAGGUGUUGGUGGGCAGAGCUGUGUGUUCGGCCCUAGGGCUUAUACAAGCUACCGUCGUCGCUUACACUUGCGCCACAGACGGCUCUCCCUUCCGGAAGGAGCUUUUGACUCCAUGGAUGAGUGCUACACUUAUCGAUUUCUACAUCACCAUGUUCUUGUACAUCGGAUGGAUUUGGUACAAGGAGCAAACGUGGACAAAGCGACUUCUUUGGACGGCCUUUUGCAUUGGGUUUGGAAGUGUGGCAAGCAGCUGGUACCUUGCUAUUGAAUUCUUCAAACUCUCCUUGGAUGAUCCCGCUCAUCUUGUGCUUCUAAGAGACCGACAUACCAGGUGGUUGAGCGCCAACUUAUUAGAUCCGUCGGAGUUUACUAUCUCUGAUGAAGGGUCUCAGUAAAGAUCACAACUUAUGGUAUGGAAUUAGAAGGAGAGUAUUUUCUUUUAUGUUGAUAAAAUGUUCUUUUAUACAUACAUAUGUCUUUUCAGUUGUUCAUCCCAAUCACAACAGUCGAGAUUGAGUCUA